GCCCAACAGUUGAAAUCCGGCCCAAAUUUGCGCUACAGCCUCAGCGCUCUCAUCUUCUUAAUCCUCACCCACCAACAUAAAAACCCUAAUUCUCCCUUCCUCCUCGGCCCUUGCCGUCAAUACUCCAGCGCAGCGCAAUCUCGGGCUCUUGCGGAAAACCCUAGUCGCCGUAAGAAUUCUUCCUCGACCUGCCUCCAUUCUGCAACCAUCCCAGCUUUCUAUAAUCUUAACCUCUCAAUUCUCUGUUGCAGCCUCUGCAGGAAACCCAGUUCAACCGGAGGAAAAAUGGUGACCGCCAAGAAGACAAAGAAGACCCAUGAGAGCAUCAACAACAGGCUCGCCCUAGUGAUGAAGAGUGGGAAGUACACCCUUGGUUACAAGACCGUCCUGCGCACUCUCAGAAACUCAAAAGGGAAAUUGAUCAUCAUCUCUAACAACUGUCCUCCCUUGAGGAAAUCCGAGAUUGAGUACUACGCCAUGCUUGCCAAGGUCGGAGUGCAUCAUUACACAGGAAACAAUGUUGAGUUGGGCACUGCCUGUGGCAAAUUCCACCGUGUUUCUUGCUUGAGCAUCAUUGAUGCAGGUGACUCGGAUAUCAUCAAGUCUCUCCCAGGCGACCACUGAAUGCCUUACCCUUCUCAUGGGAUCGUGCUCCUUUACUCCGUGACGGUGCUUCUUUUUGUUCUCGAAUGUGGCAGUUUUUAUGUUUUAGAGUUGGAUAGACAGAAAGAUAUGUUGCCUUGAGGGCUUUGCCCCCUGUUAUACUCUUUUUAUUGGAUCUGGUUAUGUAUCUAGGUGGUAGCCAUGUUUUGGUGGAUCUGGUUAUGGCAAAAUUUUCACUGCAGUCUGAAUUUUUCUAAGCACUUGUGUGAUUGCUGUUUAGAAACUUCCAUCCAUGUUGAUGGAGUUUAUUCACAGCUCCUGAUUACAGAUCUGGGGCUUGGCCAAGGAUAUUGAAGGUGAACUAGGCAUCGGUUCACCUCUUCGUAGGUCAGCUUAACACUAGGGUGGCUAUUUGGUCCGAUCUUUUUGGGUUUAAUCAAAACCGGAUUGUAUUACCUGGAUCGGAAUUGGAUAUCAAACCAUCCAAUUUCAUCUUUGAGCUUAGAUUUAGGUAAAAAAUCAUUUGGACCUUAUAAAAAACUGGAUAAAGA